UGAAAUCCAACUCAUUGGAUGGCCCCACCCUGGGUAGGCUAUAAUAGCCGGGAGAAUGCAAAAGUUCCAGAUGUGCAGGCUGAGCUAGAUCAGCCGACCAGCUCGUGCUCACAGUUUUGCUCACAGUUUUACAGAACGAAGGCGACCGGACACUAUUUAAGUUUUUGAAAGUAGACUAAAGUAGACCAUUAAGUUAGAAACUAACGUUCGUGACCAAGAACAUCAGACAGCUGACGUGAGAGGUCUCUGGAAGAAAACCUCGAGCUGCCUGGAUCAACACACCGCACUGUCAAGAGCCAACAGAUCACGACCAUUCGCUCGCCAUGGCCAUGCAGGAAUCUCAGACUGGACCGGUAUUUUGCAGCAUUUAUAUCCACUACCAACUGAUAAAUGGAGAAAAUCAUUAUAAAGUGGUGACUGCUGUGGGGAACGUGCGGUCUGGAGAUAUAGAGCCCCUAAAAAAAGGAUUUAAACUCGUGAAGCUGAAUGACAAAGAUCUUUUGGGUGCGACUUCAGAACAAUUUUUCAAAUUGCUGAGUGGUAGUCAAGGUGAAUUCUCUUUGACAAUAACUGAAGAUCAUGGAGCAACGGACAAUUCGCAUCAAGGAGACUCCAGCAACACCUUUGAAGAAACCACACUAACUGUGACACUGCAAGAUGCCAAGAUUGAUUUGCUGUGUACAGACUGCGAUGAUCGGUGUAUUUUAGAGAGUCAACAUCUCUAUCUAGAGCUCUGGGAAUGUAAAUCAAUUAGGCUUGCGAAUAAAGGCAGUGAGUACCUCGGAUGGACGGCUGUGGGCCCUGGCUUUAAUGACACAGGAGAAAAGAUCACUAUGCUUAAAAUGGAUAAACAUGUUGUCCUGCAAUUUCCUGGCUCCUUUAAAUUCCUAACCUGUGAGAAGGAAAGGGAAGGGACCUUCACCUUGAAAGCUGAGAAAAAUGACAAGCUGAAAGACCUGCUGAGUGACAUAGUGGUAACUGAUUUUCUUCUACCUUCUUUGAGAUCUCUAGACUAA